UUCAACAUGGCCGACGAAAUUCCGAUUUUUCCUAAGGCUGGGUCGAUUUUGAUAAAUACCGGGAGUAUUGUGAAUUGGAAUCGUCUGAAGAGGAAGCCUAACCACACGCCCACAGAUGAGCUGAAAGAGUGUAUAAGUGCCACUGUGGGGUCUUGGCUCAACGAUUUGGAUAAAACUAAAGCACAGUAUGCAACUGACCUGAAAUGUAUAAAUCCAACUUUUAGCAGCAAUCUCUCUGGAGAUGAUAGAGAACAGCUCAAAAUUACUGUGAAGAUAUUUGUAACUCAGCCAGAUCCAUUGGCUUUAGAAGAUGCAAUAGAAAAAGUUUUGGCAGACUUGGAUGUGACCAGUUUGGAGACAGUACUACUGUCACUGUCCCAGCCAGACCAAAAGUCCGUGUCUAUGGAUGGGAUAAAAACACUGUGGGAAGUACUGGAAAGAAUGGUAGAAAAAGAGAAGAUUCUCGCCAUUGGUAUUAGUGACCUUGCCAAGGAUGAACUUGAACAGUUACAUACUUGGUCCACGGUCAAGCCCUGUAUUAACCAUGUCAACUUGGCCAGCUGUUGUGUAAUGCCCCCUGAUCUGACAGAAUAUGCCAAGGAACAGGAUAUACAACUACUAACUCACAGUGAUCCCAAAGGCAAGUCUGACAUAGUGACUGUAUAUUUACCAGAAAUGUUCCCAGACAAGACUUUCCAAGACGUUCUCUGCAGCACAGCGACAGAGAAAGACUCAGAGGGUUGGUCAGUAUCCUGGAUAGCCCGCUACACAGCAUUGGUCAAGGACCGGGGGAUCAUUAAAGCCAAGGGAUAUCUAGUCAAAGCUGUCAGAGAUGUCAAAAAAGUGAAGUGAUGUCACAAAAUGGGAAUUAUGUCAUGAACAGGAAGUGAUGUCACAAAAUGGGAAUUAUUUCAUGAACAGGAAGUGAUGUCUCACAAUUUGUGAACAGGAAAUGACGUUAUGAAAAAAAUUGCAACUCUCCCUGCAUAGUGUCAGUGUAGAAGGAGAGACAAUUUUUUAUACUUGUAUUCAUAAAGUUACCAUACAGUAAUAGCUCAUAAAAAUAUACUGGAGUGAUAGACAUUUAGUUAUCCAAUAUUAUUUGCUAAAAGGUUGUGAUUGAAUA